CCCCUUGAAUUACACUGUUUCGUUUGAGUAGUUCACAGGUAGCGCGACCUGUCUCAUAGUGUUUAUUUUCAAUGGCUAUUAAACGCUGUAAAUCAAAAUGACAUCGUGUACUGUUGGAUGUCUUCAAUCGAAGAAGGUUCGGAAAUGAUAUUUCCACAUGCUUAAAAUAGGAGAGCAGGUGUUUUUCCUCGCAGACGAUGGCCAGUCACAUGGUAAAGGUGCAAAUGCUGUGGUCAGCCAGGUUCACCACUACCUCAACACAUACGGUCUUGGCGAACAGCAUGCUCACUUUCAGUGUGACAACUGUUGCGGCCAAAAUAAAAACAACAUAGUCAUCUGGUACCUUCUGUGGAGUUAUUGUAGGUUUACACAGAAUCAUCACACUAAGCUUUAUGUUGAUAAGACAUACAAAGUUUACACCAGAUUGGCACUUUGGCAUCUGGAAUUCAAAGUGGAGAAACUUCAAUGCAGAAAUGUUGUCUGAUGUCGCUGCGUCUGUGGGGUUAUUGUCAAGGACGGGCCACAACAUCCCCCAGCUUGUGGGGGACUCUUCCAAUCCUGUUGUUAUCUAAGACAGGAAGGAUUACCUUUCGACAUUGUUUCACCACAUAAAGAAUGGCACUAAAUUUCAUCAAUUUCCAUGUGUCAGCGGAUCAUCCUGGUGUUGUGGAGUGCAGGGAAUUUAGUGACUCACCAGUAGUCAGAAUCACUCUCAGGAAGGUCUCGAAAGUGAAUGUUAAUGUGAGCUGUGACAACCUGCCAUAAGAAAUGUUUGCGAAAGGGCUUGAUCUGGACCAUCAGUGGUAUUUAUUUGAAAACAUUCGUGAAUUCUGUCGAAUAGAUGAACCAAAAACUUGACAUGUCCGAAACUCGCUACUGGAGAGCAACAAAAAACAGACUGUGCCUUCCCCCCCAAAAAAAGAAGAUGCAUUAAGAUGCGCAUCUGAUCUUCUCUGAUAAUGCCACAACAAUUACAUACAUCAUGUAUCAGUGUUUAUUUUGGCCAAGGUAUUGGGUGAUAUAUUUUCCCCCAAACAAUGCAAAAAAUCCUCUAUUCCUAGGAAAGCUAAAACAUGUAUACGAGUGCUAAAUGUGUCAGUUGAUACAGGUUUUGAAAUGUUCAAUGCAAACAUUUGUUGUUCUAAUUGCACAAGCUUGUUUUCAAGUUUUUUAUAUCUCAUAUUUACAAAACAAAAAUCAUUUUUUCCAUGUAACCAUACAAUUGUUUUCACCUUAUGGACACAGACUGCCUUUCCGAAAAACUGGAAAAAAAUCAGUGUGAAUAUUGUAUUUAUUUAUGUUUUACAAUGAAAAUCCUAUAUUUUUGUUUGUUUGCUUCAUUGUUUCCAUAGUAACAAAAACAAACAUUUUUUAUGUUUAAGUUAUUGUUUAUUUUGUCUAUUUUUCUCUAUCAGUAAUAAAGAUAAAUAAUGAUUAUUUCAUUUACUGAAACAUUUAGUAUCCAAGUGUACUUUCAACCAACACUUUUCAAUGCUGUUUUUUUCCAUUCUGUUGUGUUUGAGGUUACAUUAUACUUAAAUACAAAUGUAACUGAAUAAAAAAGGACAUUGGUCAUGGAACACACAAAUUAUUGAAUGUUAUUGUUUAACUAGUUACAAAACAGUGAAAUUAAUGUUGUGUUUGCCUUUAAACAAACAUUUGAUUGAAAAUACAAUUAAUAGAUUUAUAAAAGGCGUGAUUGUGUGCUCUGGUGAUUAUUAACAUGUAGAUCGGUUACCAUAUCAACACAAAUGGUACAUUUUAAAUGUCCAUAAUGCUGUUGUCAGUUUAUUGCACUAUAAUUAUAUAUUUGACUAAAGGAAAGAUUAUUGUUUUAAUAAAACAAUGUGCUUGUUGUUUGAAUGUUUUCGUUGUUUUUUUGUAUUAAAUGAUAACUUUUAGUGACGGUAAAAUGAAAGGUUGGUCACUUUGGAACGUCAUAAAAUUAGUUUUGAAUGUGAUAAAUAAAAAAUCUAAAUCAUUUUUGUGAACUACAAUGUUUAGAGAAUCCAAAAUUGCCAAAAAGUCAAAAUGUGAUUUUUUGAACACAAGACUGAUUUUCCCAGCUUUGGUCACAUAUAC